UGAGAAUACAAACUUUUAUGAGAUUUAAACAUUACAGACCCUUUGGUUUGUAAGUAUUUAUAUUUUCCAACAUGCUGAUUAGCUGUGCAUAUUCACACACAUGCCCAUGUCUUCCAUUUACUUAGGAAAAGGGAUAUGAAAACAGUGAAAAGUGCAGACUCUGAUGGACAGAGGACAUCAAGGAUGAGCAAAGAAGGAAGACGGCAGACACAAAAAGCAGAGGGUGAUUCUCAACCAAUCAGGAGCCAGAAACAAGAGGAGAGGACCAACAGAGAAGCAGCAGAGACUCAGGACCACUCUGCUCUCCCCUCUGUGAAAAAGAAAAUGAGACACAGAGAAGGGGAGAGAGGAGAAGUGAAGACGAAUGAAAAGGGAGAGGAGCGAGGAGGAGAAGCGGCAGGGCAGAGGGAAGAGUCUGCUGGGAGAAGGAGGAGGAAGGGGAGGCUGAAACACAAAGAGUUAGUUGUUGGAAACCAUGAGGACUCCCUGGAGAAAGAGGAGGUGGAGAUCAACCAGGAGAUGGAAGAAGAUUCUUACCUAAAAUCCACCAAAAGGUCCUCUGCAACACGAAGACACAAAAGCAAAACAAGAAGGAAUUCAGAGGAAGAUGUAGAAACAGAUGUUUCCAGCAGCGACAAACGGAGCAGCAUCCAAUCAGUGAAUUCAUUCAGGUCAUCUCAGUUCAAUCAGAGGAGCUCAAGGAGGUCUGCCGCCUCCUCCUGUGAGGGGGCAGUGCCAGCCAGCUCCAUGGGUCUCGCUUCAGCACGUGGUCGCCUGUCAUCAUGUUCAACUGUCAUGGUAACAGACGAACAGCUGAUGUUGAACCCAGUAAAGCCAGAGUCUUCCAUGGCCAGAAAGAGUCAGGAGGAGGAGGAGGAGGCUGCAGCUCUGCGUCUGGCCCAGCAAGCAGAGAGACGGAGGCAGGAGGUGGAGAGGAGGAGGAGGGAGCGGGAGGAGGAGGAGGAGAGGAAGCAACAGGAGAAGGAGCAGACAGAGGAGAGGAUGAAGACCGAGCUGGAGGGGGAGAGGAGGAAGAGAGCUGAAGAGCUCAGACUGAAGAAGCUGGCAGAAGAGGAGGAAAGGAGGAGGCACGAGGAGGAAGAGCAGGAACGAGUGAGACGGGAACAGGCGCAAAGAGAAAGGGAGAGGAGGAGGCAGAGGAGAAGAGAAGGCAGAUGGAGCGACUUCAAAGGAUGAGAGAGGAGGAGGAACUAAGGAAGAAAGCUGAACUGGAGCGUUUGCAGCUGGAGGAGCAAAGGAGGCAGGAGGAGGAAAGCAAGAAGCUACAGGAGAUGGAUGAGGAUGAGAGGAUAGAGUACCUCCGCAGGAAGGAGCAGGAGGAAGAGGACAGGAGGAGAAAAGAGGAGGAACGUAAGAGGAGAGAAGAGGAGGCCGCCCAGUGGGCCUGCAGAGGAGGCCAGGUUGCAAGAAGAGCUGCUCACCAGAGAGAUGGCGCUAUUGCAGCAGCAGUUGGCCUUUAAAAGGGGUCUUGUUUUGGAGGCUGGAGGUCUGGAGAAAACUCAGGGCAUCUCCAGACCGUGGAUAUACUCUUAUUUCACUUUGUUACAGCUACUGGGUCUAAAUCCAUCCAAAGCUGAGACCUGAUGGUUGAGCAGGAAAAGAUUUUCCUCUCUGAAACAAGUCACACAUUUUGGAAGAUCAUUAAAUCACCUGGAGAACAUUC